GGUAAGGGGAAAGAGAAAGCGAAGCAGAGGCAGAUGCUGAAAUGUAGAGAGAAAGAGACAGGGUAGCAGCCUAGUGUAACUUAGAGAUUGUGCUAGUAAGAGAUAUUAGGGAGUAAAAAAAGAAAGAAAGCGGGUGCCGGGAGGAGGAGGAUUGCAGAGAAACGAGGUAGGAGGAUAGUGCGAGGAAGAGUCAGAGGAGUGAUGCUACUUCCCGCCAUCCAGUCGUUAUGGCCGCCAUUGAAAACCUUUUAGGAAACUACGUCGUCCCUUGUCAGAAUCUCUCGGCGGACAACACCAUAUCGGCCUCCACUUCUAGCGACGACAGCAGCGUCAGCACGGACGACGGACAUCACCGAAAGUGUUCUCCUCUGCUGGCCGUUAAAGACAUCAGUGGAAAGGACAAAAUAAUCGGUUUGUUCUUCGCCAUCUUGCCCGACAGCUACAGAGAAGAAGAUGGCGGCUUGUUGUCGUCUGCCUCUUCAUCUUCAUCGUCGAACGUCGCCCCUGCGGGCUGUGUUUUGGGAACACCGCAGCACGCUUUCAACACAGUGCUGCGGUUCUAUAAAGAUUUCAAACAGAAUUCCCCCUCAAGGGACAAUUUAGAGAUCAUCUUUGUAUCGACAGACACCGCACUCGAGACCCUAAACUGGCCCCUUUACCAAAAGUACUUAGCGGACAUGCCGUGGAUGGCCCUACCGUUACAAGACCGUCAAAGGCAGAAAGCUCUUAUCAAAAAAUACCAUGUUCUCCGAGUGCCAGUUCCAAGAGUACCCAUGUUAGUUCUUUUAGAUACUGAAACUGGCAAAGUUAUCACUAAAAAUGGUAUCAGCUGUAUUGAAGACGACCCACGAGGAGAGAUGUUCCCAUGGAGACCAAGCCCGUUUAAGGAGGUGAUUCGAGGUAAGCUGUUGACCAAUAACUCUGACGGUGAAACGUUUGGAUAUGUAGAUGCCUUGACCGAACUGCAGGGGAAGAUUACAGGUCUAUAUUUCUCAGCACAUUGGUGUCCUCCUUGCAAGCACUUCACACCUGUGUUGUCAGCCAUGUAUGAUAAACUAAAAUCUGAAGGGCGAAACUUUGAAGUAGUCUUCGUCUCGUCUGACCGCAGUAACGUUUCCUUCGAGCAGUACUUCCGAACAAUGCCAUGGUUGGCAAUACCCUACAAUGAUACCCGAACCCAUUGCCUCAAAUCUGCCUAUGAUGUCUAUGGUAUACCUACUUUGAUUAUCAUUGAUGAAAAUGGUAAAGUGAUCACAAAAGAUGGUCGGAUGGCAAUAAACGCUGACCUGCAAGGACAGGAUUUUCCUUGGUAUGUGAAAGCACUAAAUGAACUGACUGACACAACAGCUGCUUCGCUGAAUGAAGGUCCAUGCCUAAUUUUAUUAACUGAUGGCAACAAAAAAGAGAUGGAAUCAGCCCGUAACAUUCUUCAGGAUUUAGCAGAAAAAGAACACCAGAGAGAGGAUCAGCGGCUGUUAUUUUUUUAUGGGGGUGAGGAUGAAAUAUGUGAUUUCUUCCGUGACUAUGCUGCACUUGAAGAUCGAAACCCCCUUUUAGUGAUCACAGACUGUCCUGAAGAGAAACUGUUUGUAUGUUCUGAAACGACGAUCACCUCUGAAGUAGCUGCAAGUUUCUUGGACGACUACUUCAGUGGCUGUCUCCCAGCUGAACCACUGUUGCUAGACUCGUGAACGGCGUACCAGUGUGAAAGGACAAGACAACCACUCAUACUUGCAUUGGUACAUAUGUGGCUGUAUGGUGUGAAAAUAUCAUCAAGUUCUUGAUAGGGUGUGGUUCAAAACAAUAUCUCCUGAUUACAUUUUUAAAAAAAAUUUUUUUUUUUUUUCCUAACAUACAAAAGUUCAGAAAAUGAGGUUGUUUAACGUACUUGAAUCUAAGAGACCCAAUAUAAGAUGGUGGUUAGUUGGAUGAGAGAGAGAGAGGGGAUGACUGGAUGUGGUUGAUGGUUUGCAAAUGUCUACUAUUGAUUCUGUAAAAAGGUGAAAGUUGGGUGGUUGUCAACAGUACCCUGUGUGUAGAUUGAUUGUCUGACUGUGAGGUUUCUGAAUGGUUCAUUUCGAGUCUAGGUGUAAAUGUCCUGAUAUUCCUAACUGAUAUGAAACAGCAGUCUUGGCUUGUAUCUUUAUUUUGAAGACCUUUUUCCUUCUUGGUUUUUUUUUUUUUUUUUUAAUGUGUGCCAAUAUCAGGUUAGGGACAUAUGAUUUGAGUCACUGACUCUUGAAUAUUUUUGUUAUGACGUUUAGAUGGGAAGACAUUGAAAACAUCUUAAGAAAUGUUUAUUGUUUCUCUGAUCUCUUUAUCAGCUACCUAUCCCGAAUAUUUGCAAUAUAACAGGUAAAAAAUACCCCAGUUUUUACUACUUCUGAGUGGCUGGUGGAAAAUUGCAUUAAAGCAAAGUGAAAAAGUUGUGGUAGGGAUUAUGAAAGCCCUAAGUAGACCAACUGUUGAUUGGAUAGAUAACUAUUUAGAAAUAGAUAGCCAGUGGAAGCUGAGAUUUGAUGGGUUUGAAUUUUUAUGACUCAGAAACUUUUGCUUUUGAUGAUGACGACUCUUUCUCUCCCCUCCAUAUGUAUGGAAGUUAGAAUAGAUGACGAGUGUGGUAGUGAAAUGGGAGAAAAAAAAUGUAAUAAUUAUAAUACUGGUCUGCUAGAUGAAUGUGAAUCUGAAGGAUGGCUAGAAGUAUUUAUGCAAAGAGAAUGGUAAGGAAUUUGAGGGUGUUCAUAGUUUAUUUAACCUUUACUUUUAGUUGAAGUAUACUGGGUUUUUUUUUUGGGUUUUUUUUUUUGUUUCAGUUUCGAAAUGAAUUUUGAUGAAAUAAUUUUUGUCAUUAAACUGCUGUUUGAAACAUAAAUCAAUAUGAAAUUUUUUGAUAUUAGGUUUUAAUUUUAGACCAUUUUACAAUAAGAAGUUUGUAUCAUAGAACCAAAAGUGGUCUUGGGUAGAUUAGUAUCAAAAAAGGCUAAUGGAGAAAUCUAAGGAAAAUUAAAAACGGUCCAACAAAAAAAAAAAAAAUUCACAAGAGCUUAUAAAUGGUAACAAAAGUAGAUGGAAAUGAGGGUUUAAAGAAAGGAUGUUCAAAGCACCCUAAAGUAGCUUCUGUGAACAAGAAUUGAAUGGCAACAGCCAAAUAUCGAAUCAUAUUUUCCUUUAUCUUUUAUAAUUUUUCACAAUCAUUCUUACAUAUGUUCUUGGUAUAAAUACUGUUCAUUUAUUUUCAUCUGACAGUUCAGUAUAACAUUUAGAAGUCCUUUUUUUUUUGUUUUCUUCUAACCUUAUUCUUGUACUGGUUUUGGUUAGUAAACUGAUUGUGGCCAUGCUGAAGCACCAUCUUCAAAGGUUUAGUAAUUGUAAUUAACCCCAGUACUUGUUUGAAUUUGGUAUUUAUUUUAUCGAUCUUUGCUUCUCGAGUCAUUUAUGUUACAAGAACUGAAGGAACAUAAUGUGAGCAUAAUCAAAUUUUAGACUUGUAGAGAAGUGUCUGCAUAGUCUACCAAAUACCAGUAAUAAGGAACUAGUCAACUCAAGUCUUUAAUAGAAGACACUUGCACAAGAUCUCAUGCAGUAUGUUUGAACGCAGAACAAAGUGGUUGCAAAGUCAAACACUUUUUAACCAAUGCACAUUUCUUGUGUUGCAUGACACCUGUGUAAUAGAUAGCCUUCAAUAAUAAUCAUCAUAUAGUAUCCAGUGUUUGUUUGAUUGGUUCGUAUUGUAUUAUUGGAAGAUAAGCAAUUACGGUGUGAUGGCUGAAUGAAAGAGAUAUUAGGAGUAAUGAAUGUAAAGAUCUUGCAUCAAAGGAGGAUGUAAUAUGUAUAUAUGUGUGUGUUGGUGUAUCGAGAGAGAGAUUAUGGUCAUCUAAUUUAUAUCUGCAUGAGAACAGCAAUCACUAAAAUGAUGAGGGUUUACAAGACUUGAAAAUUUUUGCCUCAGUUUUGCUUUAAAAAAAGUAGAACUGGUCCCUUUUUUUUUUUUUUUUUUUCUCUCUCCAACAAGAUUUCCUAUCUAAUGCUGGAUUUUAAUGAAGGACAUGCCUUUACCAUUAUUUAAUGCGAUACAUGUUGUACAUGCUUUAAUUAGAACAUAUGGCUUUUUUUUUUUUUUUUUUACAUCAAUAGCGAUAUGAGUUUGAAGCAUCACGCUGCAUCACUUUACGACGUGUAGCUUACACAGUAAAGAAGGGGAGACUCGGAAACUCGAAGCCUCUUCUGUUUUUUUAAUUGACAUUUUUAUCAAUUGAUGUCUGUCGUAACCUCAUUCACUUUGAAUGUUUAUUAUGUUACAGUUACUGUUACUUAUUUUAUUGAGUGCAGAAAAAAAACAAAACAAAAAAAACAGUAGCCAUGUCAACCCUGACAAAAGUCAAACCUGGAACAAAAUCUAAUGGCUCCAUGUUUAGUAUUUUAACUACUAAACCCACUGUCCUGUCCAUAUAUAUAUACAUAUAUAUAUGUACUCUUUAAAUAAUAGUACUUUUUAUUGUGUCAUUUGAUGGCAUGCAACAAAUUUGAUCUAAUACGAUUUUUCUAUGACAAACCCGGUUCUAUUUUCACAACUUUUCUUUAUGAACGAAUGCCCCGAGCAUCAAAGUAAUUUAUAUUGUGUAUCAAGUACACACUUGAUACUGAUGCCUGUAGGGUGUGUCUCAAGCCUGUAUAAAUUGUCCUCAAGCAACACACAUACAUGAUGCUAAUAUAUAUUCAUAUAAGACACAUGAAGCUAAUAUUACAUAUACAUACAUUAAAGUUUGAUACCCGACAUAUACAUUGCACACAUGCUCCUCGUCUGUUUUUUUUUUUUUGUCAAUCAGUCUCACACACAGACUUCUACAUGUAUAAGAAUGGACAGCUUUUUUUUUCUUUUUUUUUUUGCCCGUCUGUUCUUUUCAUCUACAUGCAAAAACAUUAUUAGUUUAAAGUAUUUAUCUGUACUUGUACUAAAAGCCACAUUCGUAGAUUCACAGGCAGAUCCACCUGUAAAUUUCUUAAAAGUUUCUAUCUAAAUGUCACAAUGUGCCAUGCAUAUUAGCAUUAUUGUAUACAACACAUAUAUACUGCUGUGUAAAGUUUAUCCAAAGUAACCCUCGGGUACAUCCACCUGUAACUUUUUUUUUUACACUUCUGUCUAAAUGUCUAAAGAUACUAUGCAUAUAGUGUGCUUCUAUGCAAUACACAUAUAUACCCGAAUGUAAAAAAAAAAAAUACAAAAAAGCACAAUGGGUAGAUG